AUGGAGCUCGCGCGAUUGCGAAAUGCACUUGGCGAAGGCAGGACAUUGGAAUUGGAAAUCGACAAGCUGAGGGCACUCCUGGGCGUCCUCGAGGCCGAUGUUCGCAUCUUGCGGCAGGUGAAGCAUGAGAAGGGUGAACUGAGUGACUGCACGGAUGGCGAGUUCAUCCUUCGCAGUCCAGAGCGUCGGAAGCGGAUGCUAUCGCAAGCGGUGAAGUCCUCUCAUGCCCUUGUCCUACCUGAGACAGAGGUGCAGAGCCCGCCGCCGCCGAUUCUUGCUCAGGAGCCUCCUGGAAGUAGUCCACACCCGUCCGUGCCACAAGGUCUGCGCUCAGUGAAAAGCGCAGUCGAGCUUCGUCAGCUACAAGGUGGGAGGAAGUCCCUGAGUCCGAUCGCACCAGCGUGUGCGCCAGGCCCAGGCCAAGGCUCGCAGCCCUCACAUCGCGGGAUGCCAGGAAGCAAGUCGGGCAGCCUAGGGCCGCGGACGCCAGGCACGGCCUGGAACGGCUCACGGGCUUCGGAUGCCCUCUCGCUGCCAGGCCUGCCUCCCAAGACGGUGUGGGAACCAGAGCGCCCCGGCAACUCAGGCCAAGCCGACCGAUCUCAGCUCUCCUCCGCUGGCUCUUCCUUGGACCCGGCCAUUCCGAAUCGUGGCCACUGUUGGUACUGUGGACAGCCCUGGCUUGACAAGGAGCCUGCGCAAGGUUCUGGAACUCGCGCUGAGGCCGGGGCCGGGCCUUCGUUGUUCCAGCGACUCGAAGCUGCUGGCAUCGGGCCCUGGCAAAUAGCCGAGCUAAAAAGAAGUGAAGCGAGGUUGGCGGAGAUAGCUGCUGAAGCGCCUAACAAAAGAACAAGAUAA